AUGGGCGAUGAAAUUCAACAAAUUAAAAAGGCAAAAGCUCUAAACGAUGCAGUUAUAUUUGUUGGUACAGGUAUAUCCCGCGAUACAACCAAUAACGAGCACGAUUUUGCUACCUGUGUUGGUUUAUUAAAAAGUGGACUUCAAAGAUGUCAUCAGUCUGGAUGGAUUAGUGAUAUAGAUAUGAUUGUCUUCAUUGAAAAGUUCGACAGUCAUCAAGCAAUUAUUGAUGACUAUUUACGUGCUGCUGAUAUAAUUGAAAAUCGUUUUAAAAAGAAAAGUGAUGCUUAUAAAGUAUAA